AGUGAAUGUGAAGUGGUAUUAUUGUGAUAAAGGCGAACAGCCCUCCUCUUAUGACCAUAUUUUAAGGCUUUUCAGGUGUUGAAGGUUGAAUCUUUUCUCCAAAACCCUUGUCGGAAGAUCCGUUGCGAAUCUUCAUCAUCAAUUCAGCAACAACUUCAUCCAUCACAACCACCAUCCAAACUUCCUCUACAUCUCAAGCCACAAAUACACUUCAUACGACCUGUUCACCUCAAUACACAAAACCUAUCAACGAGUCCUCAACCCCCUGAACUCAAGAUGUCGAGCCAGCCAUACGACCCUUAUCAACCGAGUGGCAAUGCGGCCGGCUCAGCGAGAGGAGGACCGAGGGCCCAUGUGGACACAGAACAACUUCAACAAGAGAUCGAUGGGGCAACCGCAAAGAUGCAGCACAAUGUGGACAAGUUAGCGCAACGUGGAGAGAACCUGAACUCACUUCAAGAUAAGACGGACAAUCUGGCCGUCUCGGCGCAAGGGUUCAACCAAGGAGCAAACCGAGUCAGGCAAAAGAUGUGGAGGUCUAAUAUGAAGUGGAAAUUCAUUUUGGGCUUUGGAAUCCUCAUCCUGAUCCUUAUCAUUGUUGUUCCAAUCGCUACGCAUUUCUCAAAGUAG